UUUAUCAACAAGAUGCACAAAGUAAAUGCUGCCAUUAUACAAAAAGAAAAGAUGCUAAACAGGAUAAAAUUCAGACAAAUCAAAUCGAAGAGAAGGAAAUAAAAGACUAGAUGAAUUAGCUAUGAUCACUGAGCUUCAACUAUUCAAAGGCCCAAAGAACACCGUCUCUUAUAACAACAGUCAAAAGAUUGAGAAAAAUAAAAUGGUGUUAAAUAUUUUAAAGAGGCAUAAGUAAGGAAAAUGGGAAUAAAUUUCACACCGAAACUGAUCCCAGAAAAAUGAAGAUCACAGAUAUUGAGAUAGAGUUCGAUGAGCACAACAAGAUUAUUCUUAACAAUAAAGCAAAAAGUUCUAAAUAAUUCGGAGUCACUCAAGCCGUAUAAAAGGACCUCUAUCUUGGAGGUAAUCUCAAACAAACAACAAGAGCCAAAAGGAUACGUGAUUGAUGAACUGAACCGAUUUGUCUCUGACAUUGCAAACAAAAAUUAUCCAGAUAAACUAGCCAAAAUUCAACUAAAGAAGAAAGAUUCUUCGAAAAUGAGGCAAAUAAGCUGUUUAAUUUUUAGAGAGAUCCACCAACUCCCCCUCGGAAAAUUCAGGACUCCAAAUUUAUAUCCGAAAAAUUCAACUGAGUUUGUCUCAGAUUAUCGCAAAAUCAGAGAUACUGUAAAAGAGCGCAUGCUGCUCUGCCAAGAAAUAGAUAAAAUGAUAAAGAAAUAAAAAAGGAAUUUCCUAUAAAUUUCAAAACCAGAGCUAUCAUUUCACAUUAAAUAACCCUGGAGUUAAAACUAUUAAACCAAGCCAGAUUACUUACUCCAAACGGCAGAAAUCUAAAAUCAUGCAGCAUCAAGAGGCUCAAAAGAUGAGAGGGCUUUCUUUAAAGAAGUCAGUGAAUAACAUGAUCAAAAUACCCAACCUUAAAAUAGGGCUGCACUCCACCAGAAGUAUUCCCUCAAAGAAAAUUAGUAACUCAAGCAGGGAAAAGUCGUUAUCAUUGGAUAUAUAAAUAUUGCUCCUUGUGGUCUCCUUUGGAGUGCAAGGUUGAUUCUGAUUUGAGCUACAAUAAAUAUCAUUAAAUCGUAGACUUAGAUAAACUCUC